AUGGCUGAGGACCAUUUGUCUCGCAAGGUUUCGUCAAGGAAAAGAACGAGGACCCAGCACCAUGACAUUGACCUGCCGCAAAAGAAGUACCAUUCACAGUCAUUACACGACAACAAGACAAACCCCUUUGCAGUAGAGCAAGGCCUGCGUUCAGCAGUCAAAACAUCACCAGUCAAGGUAGCGGCAAAAACCUGGUUUAGUAGUUCCUUUCAGAAUGAGAGGAGCAAAAAAGUGGCCAGCCUUUCAAGGGCUCAGCCACCGCCAAAACCACCGCCUACUACUGAUGUUUGGCUUGGGAAGAAGGUGGCAGGUGUCGUAGAUGAUAACGAAGGUGUCUGUGGCGAUCUGUCUUCGACUGACACCCCAAUGUCAAAAAGGACAGCGGGAAAGCACACUCAUCAACAGUGCCCAGCAAUUUCUCAAGACUUGUGCUCUGCCUCUAACUCUAGCUCAGACAUCUUCAACGAGAGUGACGGACAAUUUGACAUCGACGCAAUCUGGAAACUUGAAGACGAAUACUUCAGUCAAAAUAGUGUAAAAAAUCAUUCACAGCGACAAACUGAUACAGAGAUGUCGGAGAAGCAGGAUAAAUGUUCAGACAGUGGGACGAGGCCACAGAUAUGUGGUGCUGGUGAAAAUUCAGGAAAAACUGACAUUUCUGGAAAUCAAAGUUUAAGUUCUUGUGCAAAAGGUAGUUUUGGGGCUCCAUCACAAAAUGUUAGUGAGAGAUAUGGUGUUGGGCCUACUGCAGCUGCUACAAGGGCUAGUGCAGCUGCUGUAAGGAAUACUCCAGCUGCUGGGAGUGGGAAGUCUACUCCAGCUUCUGCUGGGUCUAGUCCAGCUGCUGUAGUGCCUACUCCAGCUACUGUAAAGGGGCCUACUGCAGCUGCUACAAGGGCUAGUGCAGCUGCAGUAAGGUAUACUCCAGCUGCUGGGAGUGGGAGGUCUACUCCAGCUUCUGCUAGGUCUAUUCCAGCUGCUGUAGUGCCUACUCCAGCUACUGUAAAGGGGCCUACUCCAGCUACUGUAAAGUCUAUUCCAGCUGUUGUGAGGUCUACUCCAGCUGCUGCAAGGUCUAUUCCAGCUGCUGUAGUGCCUACUCCAGCUACUGUAAGGUCUAUUCCAGCUAUUGUGAGGUCUACUCCAGCUGCUGCAAGGUCUAUUCCAGCUGCUGUAGUGCCUACUCCAGCUACUGUAAAGUCUAUUCCAGCUGUUGUGAGGUCUACUCCAGCUGCUGCAAGGUCUAUUCCAGCUGCCGUAGUGCCGACUCCAGCUCGGACAGGUACUGUGAAAAGUAGUCAGACUCCUGGUUUAGCUGCUUGUGAUAACAAGGGGAAGGGGAAGGGAGAAAUUCAUGUACAACUUCCUUCAAGGAGUAGCGACAAAGGUCCCAGGGUACUAACAAAUCAAAACUGUGAUAAGCGAAAUAGUUCAGCCUCGAGUGAAAUCGACAUUGAGAGUGCUAGACGUUGGAAAAAACGUGUCCCUGAUCACGAUCGUUUAGAUUUUGAUCAUGGUGGAUAUUUCUCUGAGGAAUUCGUAACGGGUGCUCCUAAUCUAACGGUCAGUGAUACUUCCAGUUUGAAGUCUGAGACUUUGUGCCGUGAAGGUUCCUUUAGUUCAAAUGAAUUUAAAUCUCUUGUCACUCCAAAAGGUUUACAUCCUUCUGUUGGUUCAAAUGUGAAUCCUGUGUGGAAUUCCGGGCACAAAAAUAUCGUGACCACUGCUGAUAAUGUGAAAAAGAACGAUUCCUCUGUUACGCCCAAAGUUUCAAAUAUCAACGACAAGUGCCAAGUGACCCCUGCCAGAGCGCCAUCUUUAAAGGACAAACUCAAGCAACGUCUGCAGGAAAAUGCGCAAAAGUCUACGCCGCAGAAUUUACGGAUGCAGAAUUUACGGCGAGAAUCUUUAGAACUUGCUAAACGUGAGGCGGAGACGAUACAGAAAGAGGGAGCAGAGUAUGACAUUGGACCGUUUUAUGGCUUGCCGUCCAAAGUGCGGGGUCUGUUUGAAAAACUGAGGGGCAUUUCGAAAUUCUAUGAUUGGCAACAUGAAUGUCUCACCCUCGAGUCUGUCAGACACGGGAAGAAUCUGAUCUAUUCGCUACCCACAAGUGGAGGCAAGACCCUAGUUGCAGAGAUACUUAUCCUGCAGUCUCUGCUCUGCAAGAAGAAAGAUGCGCUCCUCAUAUUACCGUUUAUUUCGGUUGUUCAAGAAAAGGUCCGGAAUCUCGCUGCAUUUGGCGUGGACCUCAACUUCCUCGUUGAGGAAUACGCAGGAAGUAAAGGCUGUUUCCCGCCGAAGAAACGACGUACGCGGAAGUCCAUCUAUAUCUGUACAAUAGAGAAAUCGAGGACACUCAUAAGUAGUUUGAUCGAAGCAGGUCGGAUCGAGGAGAUGGGAUUGGUAGUUGUCGAUGAGCUGCAUAUGUUGGGUGAGGGAGGAGGGCGUGGAGCCUGUUUGGAGUUGGCAUUGGCUAAGGUUAUGUAUGCAUCACCAUCUGUCCAAAUCAUUGGUAUGAGUGCCACUCUGAACAACAUUAGUGAUUUACAGACGUUCCUCAAGGCUGAGCUCUACACCAGUGACUUUAGGCCGGUGUCCCUUACUGAGCAUGUCAAAUUUGAAGAUAAGUUGUACGAAGUGAAGCCAAGAUCUGAUCCAUCUGAAGAUAAGCUCCAGCUGGCAAGGAUAUUAACCUUUCCUUACAGCAAGGAGAUGCUGAAGAAUGACCCUGACCUUCUGCUUGGCCUCGUGAUGGAGGUCAUACCGAAUCAUUCCUGCCUUGUCUUCUGCCCGACCAAGAAAAACUGCGAGAAUGUAGCGAAGAUGCUAUGUAAGAUGAUGCCAAGGAAUCUGAUGCAAGUGAAAACGGAUGAAAAAAAACUCCUCCUGAAGACGUUAACAGAAGACAACAACGGCCAGAUCUGCCCGGUUCUGUUUAGGACGAUCCCAUACGGCGUGGCGUACCAUCACAGCGGUCUGACGAUGGACGAGCGGAAAGGAAUCGAAGAGGCAUACAGCGAUGGGACACUCUGUAUGUUGACGUGCACGUCAACAUUGGCUGCUGGGGUCAAUUUGCCUGCAAAGCGAGUGAUUCUACGUUCACCUUAUGUCGGCCCUAAGUUCCUCUCUCGCAGCCAAUACAAGCAAAUGAUUGGUCGUGCAGGGCGGGCGGGUAUAGACACAUCUGGGGAAAGCAUCCUUGUCAUGAAAAGCACCGAUUUAAAGAAGGUCAAGGAGUUGAUUGAUGGACCGUUCGAGAAGUGUUGCAGCAGUUUGAUGUACCAGGAUGACAAGGGUGUAAGGGCGCUGAUGCUGUCGAUUAUUGGACUCAAGCUUGCUGACUCUUCAGCCAAAGCAGUCGAUUUCUUAAACCAGACGUUGUUUGCCGUCCAAUCGAAAGAUUCGAAACGUGAUAUCACCGCAACUACCCAGAAUGCAUUGCAACAGUUGCUCGAACUUCAGCUCAUCAAACAAGUGAAGAAUGACGAUGGUUUGCCCUUGUUAGAAGUCACACCGCUGGGACGAGCCACUUUCAAAAGUGGAAUUGACUUCUCCCACGCCAAGCAUCUGCACACCGACCUUCUCCAAGCCAGGGACUCCCUGGUCGUCGCCAACUACCUUCAUCUUCUCUACCUAGCCACACCAUACGACAUGGUCGACCAGGUCUAUGUAUCGUGGAAGAUUUAUAUGGAGGAGUUCACGUCGCUUGGACCCUCCGAAGUCAAAGUUGCCAAUCAGUUGGGGAUAACGGAUAGUUAUAUUACGAAAAAAGUCUCGGGGCAAGUCAUUAGAAAGGUGGUCGACAAGUUUGUUGUGUCGCGAUUCUACCUCACACUGAUGCUCUACGACCUGUGGAACCAGCACAGCAUCUGGGAUGUUGCAGCAAAGUAUCUCCAGCCCCGUGGCUUCAUCCAGAAUCUCCUCACCGGCGCUGCUACUUUCGCGGCCUGUAUCAAACACUUCUGCCAGGAAAUUGAUGAAUUCUGGGCAUACCAAGACCUGCUGGGUAACUUCGUGAAGAAGUUGUCAUUCUGUGUCUCCUCUGAACUCAUCCCGCUCAUGGAGGUCCCAGGAGUCAAACAGGCCCGAGCAAAGCAGUUACACCAGGCUGGAUAUGCGACGGUCACCCAGCUUGCGCAUGCCGACCCUGAGAAACUUAUCAAGGAAGUGGAACAAAUGCCCCGCAAGGUGGCCAAGAGUAUCAUAGCAUCGGCCAAGAUGCUGCUGAAUGAUAUGGUCGAAUCGCUAAAAGACGAAGUGGAGGAUCUAAUAGCGAUGCCAAAUGGAGCAGACGUCUCCAUGAAUGCAAACAUGGACAUUGACAUGAGGUGGUUCGAGGAUGACCUCAGCAUCGAAAAAGGAUGAAACGUGUUAUUUUUCCGCCGACACCACCAUGUGCUGUCGACACCAAUAAUGAAUGGUGAAGCUUAGUUUUAUCUGAAUGGUGUAAAAUAUUUAAAGGUGUUGCCGUCUAUACUUUCCUCAAUAGCAUUUGGUAUGUUGAGAGAGGGUGUGUGCGACCAAGUGCUGGAGAAUUGAUAUUUCAGAAGGGCAUGACGUGCUGUGCAUGUCACCUGCACAUCAUGGAAUCAAGUACAUGACGUGCUAUGGCCAUCACCCGCAGCAAAAGGGUUAAAGUUUGUUAUUGAAAUACUGAUGAUGUGAAUGCUGCCACUUUGUAUGUUAAAGGGACAAUAUAGGCAGCAGCUAGGCAGGCUAGAUAAAGUUACACAAAGUUGCCACUAGGGGUCUCUUACAUCUCACAGUAACUACGAAAUGAUUCACGCUUGUACAAGUAAUACAUGCAUAUAUAGUGCUGAAUCUGACAUGACCCAGCGCCCUUACUUUGUAUAUUAGUCACCUGAAGAUGGCCUAAUUAGCCUCUCUGCUCCGGCCUAUAGUCCCCCUUUAACAAUCAUACGACCGGACAAUAUAAAUCUUUGUGGACCAAAACUACCUCUUCCAGUUGGUUUUUGCUGCUCAAAGGCUUAAAUGAAAGAACAACAUGAAAUUUGUCAGUACUCAUUAAGCCAUUCUUACUUCGAGGACAUGUUGGACUGAGGUGCUGCAGAGGUGGUCAUUUUUUGCCCUUUUUCACUGAAAAAUAAAAUGUUUGACUAACUAUUAUUUAAUAUCUUCAGUGAACAGGCCAGUUGCCUCUGCUAUAUAUUUAUUAUUUAUUAUUUAUUUUGUUUGUAUUGAAAACAAUUUUUGUAAGUAGCCAAAGAUUAACUGAACAAUAAUGGUCAAUAAACCUGAUUAUUUUUC